AGUAACUAGGAAGUGUCUCGGUAACCAAGGAGGGCUGAGAGAUGGAAUAAGGACGAUUUUUCUUCCUUGCAGUGUAAAACGUCGACUAAUUUGUAAUACCAUCAAGAGAGGGCAAACCAAUUUACCACGGAAGAGGUCAAUGGCUCUUCCUACUCUUUGGGCCCCUGUGCCCAGCCGGUCCCGGGUGCUGGCCGGACAGCUGGCCCGACAGCGGGAACAGGAGGCCCGAUGGCGGCAGCAGUGGGAGCUGCAUGCUCAGUACUUCAAGGAGCAGACUGUCCGCAGCCAAAAACAGGCUGCGUGGAGCUCUCGACAAUCCUACCAGCUGAGUAUGUCAGCAUACCAAAAACAGAAACUGAAGGAGGAAAAGAAGGCCAGCUUGGAGCAGCGCAGGGAUCGGCUCAGGGCAAUGCUUAAAGAGGAGCAGGACCAGUUGGAGUUGGAGCUCAGAGAAAUGGUGCCUGACAGGGGAAAAGUGGCGAGCCAGUUGGUGCAAAAAACUGAAGCGCUUCGCACAGCAAGAGAGGAAAGAAGAAAAAAGCUUGCACAGGAGCUUCUCAGGGAACACUGGAAGAAAAACAACUCAGAGCUGCGAGAGGCCGAGUCUUCAUUACAUAAAGAUCAUGUUGUCAGCCAAUGGCAAGGGCAGAUAUCUGAGAGGAAACAGCAUGAAACAGCAGUGCAGGAGGAAAAGAGACGCUACGAAAACGAGUACGAGAGAACCCGAAAAGACGCCCUGGAGAGGAUGAAGCAAGCAGAGGAAAAAAAGAAAAUACAGGAGCAGAAGAGAGUGGAAGAUCUUAAGAAACAGAUGGAAGAGCUGAAGCUCAGGGAAGAGGAGGCAACUCGUCUAAAGAAGGAACAAGAGGCCUUGCUGGUCCAGCAAUGGGAGCUGGAGAAGAUCGACGAGGAGAGGAUGAAGUUGGAAGAAAGGCAGAAGAAGUCAGAGAGAGGGCGUUUCUUGAUCCGUCAAUACCGUGCUCAACUGAAGAGAAGAGCCCGACAAGUGCAAGAGGAACUGGAGUCCGACCGGCAGAUCCUGGCAGCCCUACUGGAAGGAGAGCAGGAGGACCUGAGGUUGGAGUCUGCACGGAGGGAAAGGGCCGUCGCUGACGCUGCAUGGAUGAAACGUGUGAUUGAAGAGCAGCUUCAACUGGAGCAGGAGAGGGAGGCUGAGUUUGACAUCCUACACAGAGAGGAAGCCCAACAGGUGUGGGAGAAACGAGAAGCGCAGUGGGAGAAGGAGAGGAAAGCAAGAGAACGGCUCAUGCAAGAGGUGCUUGCGGAGAGACAGCAGCAGCUGGAGCUGAAGGUGCAGAAGAACCGGGAGGCUCAGGAGGAGUCCCUGAGAAGACGAGAGGAGCUGAUUCAGGAGCUGGAGCAGGAGAGCGAGAUCAAGCGGAGUGAGAUGGAGCAGGAGGAGGGUCGCAGAACAGCACGGAUGCAAGAGAUAAACGCUCAGGUGGAGCAGCAGCGCUGCGAGCAGUUGGAGGAGCAGCUCAGGAUAGAGCAAGAGGAGCAGGAGGAAAGGGAAGCUCUCCAGAUCCAGGAGGGGAAGCUGAGGGAUGAGAUCCAGAGGAUGGCCAACAGAGGGUACCAGGGGAAGAUUCACAACAGACCUCGAUCAGCCUGGACCUGAGAAGCCUACAGGAAUUCAAUCAAAAAAUAUUUUUUCUGCACGUUAUUAGCCUUGAAGGCCCGUUUCAAAUGUUUAAACAAUACUCACAUACCUGCAAUCGACACUUCUCUCCUGGUUUGUGUUUCCUCGCUGAGCCACAGACGGACAUUAACAAAAGUAAGGACUUUCAUACUGAAAAGAUUAUGACUCUGGAGGAUUCCAGUUUAAUAGAAGUCAGACUUUUAAAGCCAGAUAGAAACUCUGAGUACAUUUUACGAAGUGCUUUUAUGCAUCCAGCCCUCCAUUUUUCACAGUGGGGUUGUGUAGAGGGAUCUUUUCACAGCCAGUAUGGAGAGGAUGAAAACAUUUUUAAAAACUUUUUUUUAAAUGUUGUCCUACCCUUCAAGCCUUUAAGGACUGGAGUAUUAAUGCUGAGGCCAAAUGUUGUGCCAUGUUUUUUGAAUCAUUUACGGCUGGUUGUUUGCAUGUAUAGAAAAUAUUGAUUGAGUUUUUGCACUUUUAGAGUUGUAUAUUUUCUAUCCUGAAUUUGUAGACUAUUUAAAAUAAAUCUAAUAAAACAAAUGAUUUCAC